UUUCUCUUUUGUACUUUUUAAUAGAUCUCUUUUUUUCUUUAUUUUUCAGCCCCUCCUGUGAUAUUAGAUAUGGUGGACUAUGAAAAAGGCCAGACAGCAUUACAUAAGGCUGCGUGGUACCAGCGCAGGACUAUAUGUUGUGUACUGGUAGAGGCUCGAGCCUGUCUGACCAGGAAAGACAACCAAGGUAACACGCCAAGAAUGCAGGCAUUGAGAGCGGACGACAGGGAACUGGCAGCUUAUCUAGAAAAAAGAUCAUUGAGCUUGAAAGAGAAAAUCUUCAAAACCAGUAUAACCAAGAAAGAAAAACACUCGACCAUGUGGUUUUGUUAAAAUUCUCGCAUCUGCUUAAAUUAAGGAAUUAUACAUGAAUAUUAAGUAGGUUUUAUUGAUAAUAUUAUCUCAUAAUUAUAUUCUUCUCUGGGAUUUUAUCCUUUUGUCUUCAGUAUGCUUAAAAUAGCUUUCAACACUCUUGCAAAACUUAAUUAUAACCUUGAUCAGCAUGUAUGUAUUUGAAGGGCUAUUUACUUAUGUUAAAGGC